GCUGGGGGGUAUAAGACCAGGACGAUCAGCUGUCUGGGCAGUGCAAGAGUUCUCUGUUGCCAAGAUGCGUUUCGUCCUGUUUCUUGCCGCUGUCCUGGCGGUCACCAUCGCCUACCCUGAGGAGAAAUACACGACCAAGUACGACAAUGUCGAUCUGGACGACAUCCUCAACAACGAGCGACUGCUGAAGAAGGCGUUCAGUUGCCUGAUGGACGAAUCAGGCUGCACCCCGGACAUCGCUGAGCUCAAGAAGGCACUUCCCGACGCACUUCAGACUGACUGCGCCAAGUGCUCGGACAAGCAGAAGGCCGGUGCCAAGAAGGUGCUCAAGUUCAUCUACGAGAAGAAGCCAGACCACUUCGCCAAGCUGGAGAAGAAGUACGACCCUGAGGGUAUCUACCGUAACAAGUACAAGAGUCUGGCGGAGGCUGAGGGUGUCAAGGUGUAAACUGUUGUUGCUUAAUGUAAAUACUCAAUUUCCUCAAUAAAGUGUUGUUGUUUGAAA